AUGGAGAAAUACUUAGAGACAGACUUGUGUGUGCGGGUGUGUCUAAGAGUAUUAACUUUUAUCUCUGGCGACAGUGAGGGAUGAAAGAAUUGAAUGGUUUGAAAUGGAGUGGAAGUAAGGGGUAGCAUCAGUGAAGGAAGAGAAAGAGGCAGAAAGAGAUAGAUAGAGAUUUAUGGUUCUGGUAACGCACACAUUACUCUCUCUCUCACACACACGCACUCGUAUAUAUAUGAACAGAGAUGAAAACUAACAGGUCAUUUUCUUCCCACCAAUCAGUUUGUGGAUUCUGCAAAAAGUUUGUAAAUACAGUUCACAGAUGAAAGUAAAGAAAUUAAUAAUGCUCAUAUUUAAGAACAUUUGAUAUAGAAAUUCUAAUCAACUUUGUUUACAAAAGAUCUUAAAAGAAAUAAAAGGAAAACUACUAUUUGUUAAGAUUACUCACUUCAUUCCGUCUACCACCAUGUUACUGCUAUCAUUUUCAAGUAUGUUAGUCUUCAUAUUACUCCAUUUUACAAACACUCAUGCCACAAUAUGGGAUGUAAAAGCUUGUUAUCCUCAGGUUAACCGCACUUCAGUUUACAUUAUUUUUAACAAGGGACAAAAGAAGGCAAUAGCAGCUUCAAAGGAUCCCAGAUGCUUUGAAACAACAUUUAAAUUAGGUAUUGCAGAAAAGCCAAGAUAUAUUCAGCUUCCUCACCCUAUGGUCUAUGAGGCGUUUGUUCAAAAUCACUAUCUUCAAGAAAUGUAUGUUGCUAAAUGCCAGGCAAAUUGUUCAACAGCUCAUCCUGAAUUAAAAAAAUGGGUACACUGGAACAUGGCAGUUAUACACAGUAAGUUGUAUGACAAUUAUGAUGAGUCUUUUGAAAUAAAGCCUUAUGGUAAAAACUUUAUAAAGUUUAGAGCAAAUUCUAAAACAACAAAUGUAUCAUUCUUUCUUCCAAUGGAAAUGAAUACAAAGUCAAGAAUAGAAUUAUUGACAACAAAAAAAUUUUGGCUGGACAAGACUAUCAAACUGAAGAACAUGGAAACUUCCAAAAUAUAUUCCUGUAGUUAUCUUCUUAAACAAAGUAAUCCUUACCAUGAGUGUUCAUUGAGAAACGAUCUUGAGUGGAAAAUAGAACUAAGCUCUCUAUCCAAACUAAUUAAAAAUAUAGAAGAAAUAAAGAUAUUUGUUGGAGUGACUGGCAGUGGAACAAAUUCUUCACAAAGUCUAACAUUCAAAAAGUUAGCUUAUCUCCCGACAUUCUCUGCUUUUACUAAUAUAGGUAAAAUAGGCAUUGGUGAGGCUGAAAUAUACUUUAAAGACAGUAGCAAAUCUUUUGACAUAUCCAAAAUUGUCUUGACAAAAAUACUUACUGAAGAAGAAUACGGUUGUGUCAGCAUACAUAAGACAAUCCCAGCUAAAUAUUCAUGUAAACUACAGAAAAGCAAAAAUUGGCUGUUGAAAGUUAUUUCUCCUGAAGAACAUGAACGAAAUUUCGAUGUGGAAAUAAUUCAAGACACACUAUCUUCUUUCAUGAGAAAUUUACAAUGGAAUUAUGUAUUUCCAUAUGGAAAUACUUAUAUCAAAUAUUUUAAUCUGAAGACAUAUGAGAAAAAUGAAAUCAUGAAAUUGAAAUUCCACUUUUUGGAUAAAUUUCUGAGAAUCAAUGAAAUAAGUUUGAUCAGUAAUUACUCGGAGUAUAAAUUCAAAACAAAUGUAGAAAGAAAAUUUCAGAAUUACUUGGUGACAGAAUAUACUCGAAUAACAAAAGAGAAAAUACUUGGGAAUGAAACAAAUCUCUCCAUAAAAAUAGUUAUUGGCCUCUUUGCAGUCCUCACGUCAUUUUUGAUCAUCAUCAUCAUCAUUCUCUGUAUAAGAUAUAAUAUACUCAAAAACAAAAGCAGUAAAGAUUACAUGCCAACACAUCAAGCCUGUCAAGUCAACCAAGUCAAUCAAGCUGAUCAAGUUGAUGAAAUCAAUCAAGCUGAUCAAGUUGAUGAAAUCAAUCAAGAUUAUGAAGUCUAUGAAACCUUGCCCGAAGAGAAUAUCCGGUGUGCCGUGCAAAAUUCUGACUCAGUUUAUGACAAACAAAUUGGAUUAGAAUUAUCCUCUCGACAACAAAACCCUGAGGGUCCAUAUGAAAAUGAAAAUCCAGGAUCAGCGUAUUACAUCAUAGGAAAUCGAUGACAUUGAUGAAAAAAUAGAGCUAUAGGUGGAAACCCCUCCUCAGCUCAUUGAUAAUCCUGAUAUUGAACAACUUUGCAUACAACUAAUCACAUACACACACAUACACAGUCAUAAAUGACAGAGAAAUAGUUUGAUGAAAUUUUACUUAGCAAUAAGAAGACUUCUAAUAACUUACAUGCUUUCAUCAAUGCAAAAUGUAAAAAAUCCUACAAAAUAGUGCUUUUUUUAUGAGUACUACUGGAUUACUUGAAUCCAUGUAUU